AUGCUUCGCUUUCAGCGACGAAAACUGCUUUUCCUUGUCUUUCUUGCCCUUGUAUUGUUUAUGGUUCUUAGCUACCUCGCAGUUCCCUUUUUGUCUGACUAUUUCGCAUCUUGCGAUCAGUACACAUGGUCUUGCAGCCUCCGUCAGCACUUUGUCCCCGUGUCCUCAAUUUACGGCGAGGACGUUGAACCGAUUUUAUUAUGGACGCCCUGGUUCGGAAAUUCCCGGUCCUGGUGGGAAGGCCUGAAUCUCCACGGGAGCAAUGAGAACCAUAAAUGUGUAGUUACGCAUUAUAGAGCUGCCAACGCUAAGGCCAACAUGGUGCUAUUUCACAGGUCCGAUUUGGAUGCGAAUGACCUCCCAACCAAGCAAGACGGUCAGAUGUGGGUACUGUAUACUGCUGAGGCUUUAAGCCCGUACAUAGGCAAGAAUGCGAAAAAGCUGGAGGCCCUGUAUCCGUACUUUAAUUACAGUCUCAACUACCGACUCGACUCGAAUUUUCCAUAUGUUUACUACGACACCAAGAUCAUGGAACAGUUAUCAAAACCUCCCCCUUCAUUUUCGCCUGAUGUCGAGCCGGUAGCAUGGAUAGGAAGCAACUGUGAUGCGCAGAACAAACGACACGUUUAUAUAAAGGAGCUUAUGAAACAUAUUCCGGUUGCAAGUUAUGGCUCGUGUCUGAACAACAAGCCUGCAGUACCGCGAGGACAAACCAUCGAGUAUAUGUCUCGCCAUCCUUUUUACCUGGCAUUGGAAAAUUCAAAUUGCGACUACUAUGUUACCGAAAAACUCCAGAGCUCUUUCGCGGCCGGAGUUGUUCCUAUCGUAACGGGACCUAAAAAUUACCCACCAUUUAUUCCUACACCUCAUUCCGUCAUCUUCCUCGAUGAUUUCAGAGACCCAAGAGAUCUUGCUAAGCACUUGCGUUUUCUUCUCGAGCGACCUGACGAAUAUAAAAAAUAUGUCGACUUUCGAUUCAAUCCACAGUUGAUAUCAGAAGAGUUCCGAAAGAAUUGGGAUGGUCCUAACGGAUGGAACCACAAUGUCGGGCUCCGUCGGCUGUGUGAUUCGGCUUGGAUGUUCAGAACUGGGAAGAAAUUGACUUCCGACAAUCCAGAAAAAGAUUGGAUGAAGCCCAGGGUUAUAGAAGCGGAUUCUUCAUGCAAUGAGACCUUUGACAAGUACGCGUAUGUUAAAGAACUGUCGGACUAA